AUGCUCUUGUUGGCCCUUUUAUUCAAGGUUCUUUUGGCUUUGCUAGAGAGUGCAAGGCGUAUGCGGGCGUAUUUCUUAGGUAGUCGGAAUUACCGGGACGUGCUCCGGCUGCAGGAGGUCAUCUUUCAAAAGAAAAUUGAAAGGCAACUGAGACGACUUCGCGAGGGUUCAAACGAGAGCGCCAUCCCCGACACGGUGCUGCUGGUGGAGCACGAUGCACCGGUGUACACUGUGGGGAGGCGGGAUACCGCCGCAGGGAUCCCCGCCGGGUGUGCGCUGGAGGUGGUGAAGACGCGGCGGGGAGGCGGUGUGACCUUCCACGGCCCAGGGCAGGUGACAAUGUACCCGAUCGCCAACAUUCAGCUGCUGUGGAAGCACUGCAGCUCGUCGGAGAAGGCGCGCUCGCCCAUAGAGUGGUACAGCUCUGUCCUGGAGCAGGCCAUGAUAGACACCGCGAAGGACUACGGCGUCCCGACCCACCGUGGGAAGGUUGGGGUGUGGGCCGACCGCUGGCGCGACGCCGCCCCGCGGAAGCUUGGCUCUAUUGGUCUCCAACUGGGGAGCUGGGUGUCCAUGCACGGGGCGAGCUUCAACGUCUGCAAUGACCUUCGAUACUUCGAUGCGAUUGUCAUGUGCGAGAUGCCCGACGCCGCGGCGACGUCGUUGCUGGAGGAGAUGCGCCUGCGGGGCCUGGGCGCGGCCGAGCCCACCCCCAGGACCGUCGCUCCCCUGCUGCUCUACCACUUUCUCAUGAACCUUCGCCAGCAGGAGAACGUCGUGUCGACGAAACUUCUUGACCUCUCGUCGGCCACGGAUUGGCAGCGGUGCGUUCUCCGCGGCAUCGAGUGA